GUUGGUGUUAUACAAAAGAAAAUAUAAAAAGGUCCGAUUGAUUGAAAAUAACAAGACAAGUCCGAAGAAGAAGAGAAAGUUGAGAUUUCCAUCCAUUCCAUGGUAAUAGGGAGAAGAAGAAGAAUCAAUAGAUUAGACUGAAGAAAGAAACAUAGAUGAUGGAAGAUGGAGCCAUUCAAUUUGAUUUCAUCUGAUUUGACAAUUUAUUCAUCCCAUACGCUGCUGACUUCUUUGAAGAAGAAUUAAUACUCUAGAACUAGACAAAUUCCUAGAAGAAGAAGACCAACUCAGAUAGCUAGAAUUUUAAUUUUUUCUGAUUUCUAGUGGAGUUGUUGACAGACCCAGUGAUUGGGUUUUUUUUUUGAUUGAUUUAAAAUAAAUACUAAGAUGUCUAAAACUGGGGAUCAGCUGGAGAUCAAGUUUCGAUUAACUGAUGGUUCAGAUAUUGGUCCUAAAUGUUUCCCUGCUGCAACCACUGUUUCCAAUCUCAAAGAAUCCCUUCUUGCUCAAUGGCCCAAAGAGAAAGCGAAUGCACCAAGGACAGUCAAAGAUGUCAAGAUAAUAAGUGCAGGAAGAAUAUUGGAGAAUAAUAGAACCUUGGGAGAGUGCAGAAGCCCAAUGUGUAUUAUUCCCGAAGGGGUGACCACCAUGCACGUUCUCGUUCAACCCCCUCCCUCAGAAAAACGAUCAGAUAAGAGAGCAUCAAAGCAAUCGGAGGGAAAUAAGUGUGGCUGCAUUAUCUUGUAAUUAGCAAUUUUGCAAACAGAAAAAGAUUUAUCGUGGUUUUUGGUCGUGACUAGUGGUACAGAUGCUGAAGUUAAAGGAAUAUACACGUCGAAAUCACAGUGCUCAUUAUCAUGUUACUGCUCUUCACAGAAUAUGUUGAUUUGUUGUACAUUGUUACAGUUGAUUUGUUGACUGCUUCGUUUAUGCAGUGUUCUAUAGAUUUAACUUUUCUUUUGCCGCGUUCGUUGCUAAGUUGGAAAUAUUUAUUUAACUUUGAA